AUCAGCUUUCCGUUGAAGCUUAUUUCAAUAGCUUUCUGAACGCGGCCCAGUCAACGCAGCUUAAUCAAAGCUGAACCCCUCCAAACGGGUUCUUAAGUAAUUCUAAUUCGGAUUCGAGCAAAUGCCAUUUGCAGCCCUACUGGCGCUUUUCACUUUUUCAGCAAUCCUGCAAUUCCCUCGCUCUACUUCUUCGAUCAUCCACAUCCUCUUUUCUCUACCUUCCCUCCCCGCCAGUGGCGCAGGCACAGACAUACUCGAGCUAUUGUUGAUCUGCAGAAGAAAGAAUUGACAAAUCAGACGGAGAGGGCAACUUGAGCAAAAUCCAGAUUUCUUUUAUUUUAGACUGCCAACAGAGCAAUGGGGAAGAAACAACACAGCAAAGAUCGCAUGUUCAUUACGAAAACGGAGUGGGCGACAGAAUGGGGUGGCGCCAAAUCUAAGGAAGGCGGUACACCCUUCAAGCGUCUUCCCUUCUACUGUUGCGCGCUCACAUUUACUCCGUUCGAGGAUGCAGUGUGUACAAUUGACGGCAGUGUUUUCGACAUAAUGAAUAUAAUUCCUUACAUAAAAAAGUAUGGAAAGAAUCCAGUUACAGGAGCUCCCCUUAAGGAGGAGGAUCUUAUACCUCUUACUUUCCACAAGAAUUCCGAAGGAGAAUACCAUUGCCCAGUUUUGAACAAAGUAUUUACUGAAUUCACACACAUAGUUGCUGUGAAGACUACAGGGAAUGUCUUCUGUUAUGAGGCCAUUAAAGAAUUGAACUUGAAAACAAAAAACUGGAAGGAGCUCCUUACAGAUGAACCAUUCACUAAGGAAGACCUGAUUACAAUUCAGAAUCCAAAUGCACUUGAUAGCAAGGUUCUCUCAGACUUUGAUCAUGUUAAAAACAGUUUGAAAGUUGAUGACGAAGAAUUAAGGAGAAUGAAUUCUGAUCCAACCUACAACAUAAAUGUCUUUGGGGAUAUUAAGCAGAUGCUUCAGGAGCUUGGGACUGAGAAGGGGAGGCAAACUGCUUUGCAUGGUGGAGGUGGUAGCAAAGCACAAAGUGAAAGAGCUGCUGCGCUUGCUGCAAUUUUAGCUUCAAGGUCCCGCAUAAAAGAAGAUUCCAAGUCAAAAAUGAAUGGAGAGGUUAAACCUACUCAGUCUUACAGUAUAGUAGAUGCUGCAUCUGCUUCAGUACAUGGAAGAAGUGCUGCAGCAGCCAAAGCUGCAUCAAGUGACAAGACUGCUGCACGGAUAGCCAUGCACAUGGCAGGUGAACGGACCCCUGUAAAUGCAAAACUGGUAAAAAGUCGUUUCACUACUGGUGCUGCAUCUCGCUCCUUCACUUCAACUUCUUAUGAUCCUGUUACCAAAAAUGAAUUUGAAUAUGUUAAAGUUGAGAAAAAUCCAAAGAAGAAAGGUUACAUUCAACUGCAUACUACACAUGGUGAUUUGAAUAUCGAACUGCACUGUGAUAUAACUCCCAGGACAUGUGAAAACUUCAUAACACUUUGUGAACGUGGAUACUAUAAUGGAGUUGCUUUCCAUCGGAGUAUUCGGAAUUUUAUGAUCCAGGGGGGUGAUCCCACUGGCACUGGAAGAGGUGGUGAGUCUAUUUGGGGAAAACCUUUCAAAGAUGAGCUGAAUUCAAAACUGCUUCACUCAGGAAGGGGUAUUGUCAGUAUGGCAAACAGUGGUCCCCACACAAAUGGUUCCCAGUUCUUCAUUCUUUACAAGUCCGCAAAUCAUCUGAACUUCAAACACACGGUUUUUGGUGUAGUUGUGGGUGGCUUGACUACUCUUACAGCAAUGGAAAAGGUUCCUGUAGAUGACAAUGACCGGCCUUUGCCCCUGCAGGAAGAAAUAAAGAUAAAUAGCGUCACGGUAUUUGUCAAUCCUUACACAGAAUCUGAUGAUGAAGAAGAGAAAGAGAAGGGUAAAGAUGAGAAGAAUGCCAUUGAUGAUGAAAAUGAUAAAGUAGGUUCAUGGUAUAGCAAUCCAGGUAGUGGAACAAUGGGAUCAACAACUGUGGGUGGUGUAGGCAAGUAUCUGAAAGCAAGGAAUGCUCAAGUGGAAGCUGCUGCUUCUGUUGGUGAUGCUGGUUUGCAGGAAAAUGUUGUAGCGAAGAAAAGGAAAUUAGGUGUUUCUACGGGGGAAUUGAAGGACUUCUCUGCCUGGUAAGAAUUCCCAAAGAUUUUGUACCAUUAGCAGUACUGCAGAUCUUAUUCACCAAAGAAUUGAUCCUUGCUUUUAUGUAUUGUAUAAUAUGGCCUGAAUAUGAAAAUUUUCCCUAGGAACAAUGUAUUUUGAUAUGAUAAUGUGUUGAGUGUACAGCAUACAUCUGCAUUAGCUUA